AUGUCAAACCCCACAUUCGGCCCCUCCACAACCGCCGAAGAAGUCACCGCCCUAUUCUCCCCCCAGAUAAAAAACAAAACAAUCCUCAUCACCGGCGUCUCCCCCAACGGCCUGGGCCUCCACACCGCCCGCGCCCUCGCCACCCACUCGCCGCGCCUCCUCAUCCUCGCCGCGCGCUCCCAAGCUUCGCUCGCCGCAGCCCAAAACGCCAUCGCAUCCGUCGCGCCGGGUUGCCCGACCCGCCUGCUAACCCUCGAUCUCAGCAGCACGCGCGCGGUGCGAGAAGCUGCGCAGACAGUGAACAGCUGGACUGAUGUGGAAGGCAUAGACGUCCUGAUUAACAACGCGGGGAUCAUGAGCACGCCGUGGGGCACGAGCGAGGACGGCGUCGAGCUGCAGUUUGCGACGAACCAUUUGGGGCCGUGGCUGUUUACGAAUCUGGUCAUGGGGAAGAUUGUGCAGGCCGGGGGGAGGGUGGUGUUUUUGAGCAGCUUGGGGCAUGUGUAUGGAGGCGUGAGGUUUGGGGAUGUGAAUUUCAACGAAGGCAAGGAGUAUGAUCCGGAUGUUGCGUAUGGACAGUCGAAGACGGCGAAUAUCCUCGCGGCUAUUGCUGUUGCUGAGAAGCUGAAGGCGAAGGGCGUGACGGCGUUUAGCGUACAUCCAGGCCUUGUCCUGACGAACCUCACUCGCCAAGUCCCAAUGGAGGUCUUCAAGGAGAAAGGCUUCGUCGACGACAACGGGAAUCUCCUCGUCCCCUCAAAGUCGCAUUCCCAAGGCUGUGCCACCAUCCUCGUAGCUGCUCUGGACCCGAAUAUCGCAGAUCGCAGUGGCGCGUAUCUGUGCGACUGCAAGGUCGAUCACGAUGAUCCAUGGGCGGAGCAUGCCAAGGGCAGGGAGAACGCAGAGAAGUUGUGGGCUUUGAGCGAAAAGCUAGUGGGACAGACGUUCGAGUAUUAACACGUUUGUCGCGUCGGGGCCGGUUUCUCUGGCCAGAGCAUAAG